AGGUAGCCCCCCUCCCUCCCCCUUUCCCCCGUUAGGACUGUAAAGUGGUCUAGACGUGAUGUGAUGCCGGGGGUCGAGCGAAUAUAAGGAGAGGAGUCUCCUAAGCCUUUCACAUUCAGUCACUUGACAACAGUGAACGUGUAGCACUACGACAUGGCUCUCCUCAUCCACCUGCUGCUGUGUGCAGUGCUCAUCUCUCUGGCGCAAACGUUCUCCACUGAAGACAUGAAGGACGCUAUUUUACAGAAACUCGGACUAACAGAACUGCCGAGCAUCCACAAGAGAGACUUAGAAAAUCUGGUGGUUCCGAAUCACAUCAAGAACAAGUAUAUCUCCAUGCUGAAACUACACCAUUCCCGGAGGCGCAGGUCCCUGCCCAGUUUGGCUGGGAUCCUUAGGCGUAUCCAUGGGAACGCAGAUAUAACAAGCGAAAUGAAAUACUCAGGCAUGACUAGACAACAACUCGUGUUUGACAUGGAGAAGCGGCUGAAAGAAAACAACGAGUUGGCCAUGGCAGAGCUCAAACUUUACCAGACCUCUCCGCGUAAACUGCCUGCCACAGAGAGGAAGAAGCACAGACCUGUCAAUCAUGCCCGUGUGAGCAUUUACUGGGUGUGUAGGGAGUCCAACCACAGCUCACUGGUUGACUCAAGGUUGGUGCCAGUCAACGAGGCCGGUUGGAGGAGCUUUGACGUGACCCAAGCUGUUCAUUACUGGUCCAAAUCAGUGACAAAAAGCCCACUGCAUUUGGAGGUGAGGAUCGAAGGAGAGAGGCCUGGAAUUUAUGCAGCUGAAAUGGCAAAACGAGUGAGAUUCACCACGCAAAACACUGUGAACACCCUGGACUCCACUGCAGAGACACCUGAGCUCGUGCUGUACACCUUGAACUUGGAGGAAUAUGGGUCACUGGGCGACUGUAGGCACAGCGCAGACAAUCAGGCUUGCUGUCGGGAAGAGCAUUACAUCAACUUCCGGGAAGUAACGUGGGCGCAGUACUGGAUCCUGGAGCCGGCUGGGUACCAGGCUUUCCGCUGUACAGGAGGAUGUAAGCAGCCAAAGCGUAACUACGGCUAUGGACCGAGAUCCUGCUCAGUGGUUGAAAGCGCACCUCUGCCGGUUAUGUACCUGGUAAAGCAAGGGGACUACACACAAAUAGAAGUGGCCGAAUUUCCCAACAUGAUUGUUGAGAAGUGCGGAUGUUCCAUGGACAAGAUUUCCACCGCAUAAAAAACAAGGACAUCCCUCUAUUCAGCCAAGCACUUAAAAUGCGUUAUAAUGUGUAUAAUAUUGCAUUGAGUCACGUUAGUUUAUUUUGCACCAUGAAAGGCACUGUGUGAUUUCACUUUUAUUUUCUGAAAAU